AUGAUGUUAAGCCCAAAGGCAUCACCAGCCGCCAAUGAAUUUCGCAGCGACACAUUCACCACACCAACACCAUCCAUGUUAGCCGCUAUGGCGACCGCAUCGUUCGGAGAUGACGUGUAUCAGGAAGACCCCAUCACGACGAAAUUCCAAAGCGAAAUCGCUCGAUUGACCGGAAUGGAAGAUGCUCUGUUCAUGCUCUCUGGAACGAUGGGCAAUCAGAUCGGAGUCCGCGUUCAUCUCAACCAACCUCCUCACUCAGUGCUUUGCGACUAUCGCGCACACGUCUACGCCGAGGAAGGAUCUGGCCUGGCAGUGCUGUCUCAAGCCAUGGUGACGCCUGUACACCCGUCCAAUGGUGUAUACUUGACAUUGGAGGAUGUCAAGAAGUGGGCCGUUCUGGGAGAAGAUAUUCAUACGGCGCCGACAAAGGUUAUUAGCCUCGAGGUGACCAUAGGUGGAGUCGUGACUCCCAUGGAGGAGAUAAAAAAGAUCUCUGAAUUUGCGCAUGCGCAUGAUAUCAAGGUUCAUUGUGACGGGGCUCGCUUGUGGAAUGCCUCUGCGGCUACUGGGUACUCUUUGGCCGAUUACUGCCAGCAUUUUGACACCGUGUCGAUGUGUGUCUCAAAGGGACUCGGCGCACCGGUUGGUGGAGUCCUUGCCAGCACCACAUCCAACAUAAAGCGAGCCAGAUGGCUCAGGAAGCAGCUAGGUGGUGGCAUUCGACAGGCCGGGGUUUUAACAGCUCCAGCCCUGGUGGCCCUAGAGGAGGUCUGGCCUACCAUGAAAGAGACGCACGAGAAGGCCAAGAAAUUGGAGAAGGAUCUGGCCGAGUUGGGCGUUGUGCCUCAAAUCCCGGUUGAUACGAAUUUCUUUUUCAUCGAUGCCAAGAAGUCAAACGUGGAUAUGGGCAUUUUGCUGGAGCAGUGCGGAAGGCUCAAUGUGAAGCUUAUGGAUGAGCGGAUUGCUCUGCAUCAUCAAAUCAGUGACGAGGCGAUUGAGAACCUCAAGGCUGCUAUUGCUGAGACAGUGAGAUUGACUAAAGCCUUGCCACCAGACUAUGUCUCCAAGGUUCCGCCUGGGGGGUAUGGAAGCACCUCGAAGAUGAAUGAAUACAGCUAG